GCCAAAAGUUAUUUCUUGACAAACUUUCACGCCGGUUCACCAAAACAAAGUGCCUUUUCUUGAAAAGACUUCUUUCCCCAAGGAUCCCCAGGGACCUGUUUCUACAAAAAUGACAAAAGAUAGUGAUGCGAGUGAAGAUGAAGACGUUUACAUGGAUAGUGGUGUUUUAGACCGAGUUAUUGAUGAAGAAAUUGAGGAUGCGAACGAAACGCCUGAUUCUGAUGAAGAGGACGAAGAGAACUCACGGAGGACCAUGAGGAAAAGAACUUCAAAGAGAGCUUCAACGGGUAAAGAUGGAGAUGAAGGAAACCCAAAGAAAACCUUGGCUUGUGAAGUCUGCUCGAAAACUUUUACGUAUAGAAAAAGUUUGAAUAACCACAAACUCAAACAUUCCUCAUCUGGUGAUCACCCAAAGGAUACUGAAGUCUCCUGCCCAACUUGCUCCAAAGUACUUAAAAACCGAUCAUCAUUGAAAACACACAUCUACUACAUACACUCCGAGAUUGGAAGAGCAAAGAGAAAAAUUCAAAUCAACAAGUCAAAGGGUAUUUUGCAGUCCAGCAAAAUGAAGAAGAAGCUCUUUGCAACGAAGAUGACAAAGAAAACUCAUUCGCAGACGGCAAAAGUCAGCAAAGGAGAAGAAAAUACUUCUGCUGAUCAGAAGAAAUUCAAUUGCAGCUUGUGCUCAGCUUCGUACUCCAAACGACCUUCGCUAAAUAAGCACAUGAGACUCCACGCAAAGAAAGGAACAUAUUCUUGCACCACAUGCAGAUUUCGCUUUAACAAUAUUCACGGUUUGAAGGUUCACAUGGCUCAUAAGAACCACAAUUCCCUAAAGUGUAAAAUCUGCGGUGCUUUUUACACAGACGGUGAUCUCUUUGCCCAACAUAUUGCUGAGCAUAUGACAUCAAACGAUGAAGAGAAGACUCCUGUGCCAAAACCAGUACGGUCCUAUAGAUGCACCGUCUGUGAUGAGACAUUUCCAACAACACUAAAGCAACGAUUACACAUCAAAAAUCACAAAGUACAAGGAGAUCGAACGUGUAUAUACUGCGGAAAGGUCGUAGGGAGUUACAACAGCCUAAGAAGUCAUGUCUUUACUCAUCGAAAGAGGUUAAAAGCGCCACCAUCGGAGAAACAGAAGAUUCCUGAACGCACUAUACCCUGCAAACAGUGUUCAAAGCUUUUCUCAUCUAUUACAAAUCUUAUGAUGCAUAAGAGAUGUCAUGCAUCAAGUGGACCACUUGCCUGUCCCUACUGCGAUUCCAUGCUGAGGAAUAUUCCUACGUGGAGGGCACACAUCCAUAAUCAACAUAAGGAAAAUAUAAACCGACGAAAGCCAAAUAAGUUACCGUCUCCAAGACCAGAAAAUGUGUCAGAAAGUAAAGAUGAUGAUAAAUCAACAAAAACAACAUCCUCGAAGCGUUUUCGCUGUGACAAGUGUCCUAAAACGUACGACCGUGAGAAGUAUUUGGUGGCUCAUCUAAAAUCUCACGAGCCUAGAAAUCGUCGUACCCUAGUCUGUCCCUACUGCAGUAAAGUUUAUUCUUCAAACCUAUCAUUCAACACUCACACUUUUCGACACAGGCAAGCUCUGAAGAAAAUGAACGCUGAAGGAAAUGAGAGUUCGAAAGUUCAAAAAUCCUUCAAAUGCGAUCAAUGCCCCAAAAUUUGCGUAAACGCAUUUAAUUUGAAAAUGCACAGGGCAGCCCAUGUACGAAAGAAAAAUCUUCACCCCUGUCCGUAUGAUGAUUGCGAAAAGGUCUUACAAACCUCAGCUGGACUAUACCACCACAUCCGUAGGAAUCACAAAGCUAAUCAGAAGAAGCAGGAAUCAUCGGGAUCAGCAGCGAAAUUGAGGAAGAUUGGUCAUACGAAAGAGAAAGAAUUCACUCAUCGACAGGACUUGAAAAUACGGAUUUCGUUAACUGGAAAGUCUGUCAAGCUAAGUGCGAGCAGUCGGCAACUAAAAUUGAAAGCAAGAAUCACACCGAAUGACGUCAGGAAGUCACAGGCUCCUUCAAUAAGUCUACCUGAAGAAGAAGAGGCCGAUGGUGAUGAUCAAGGACAAAGUGAUCACUUGAAUGAGUCCGAGAAAACGGGUAUUCCAUGUCCCAAAUGCGGUCUUUGCUUCCAGAACGAACGAGCCCUCACGAGUCAUGCGUGGCGGCAUGAACCUCAAAAGCUCAGGCCUAGUUCAGCGAAAGAUAAGGAAGAAAACGCUAAGCUUGUUCAACCAAAAAUUGCAGCAGUUCGUGGCGAUGUGGGCAGCAAAAAUAGAGUCACGAAGCCCACCAGCAAUUUCACUUGCGAUCUCUGCUUCAAGGUUUAUAAAACCUAUAGAACUCUAUGGUCUCAUAAGAAGAGUCAUAAGGAAAAUAAUCCAAUCGCAUGCCCAAUUUGUGGGAAUUACUAUAGAAACAAAAUCUGCCUGCGGGGGCAUUUAAAACGUCACAGAAAAGCAAUGAAUAUGCAAAUCUUUCCAAGGUGGACUCCCAGAUGCAAAAAGCCAGAAGAACAAGAAGAAAAUGAAGAGAUUGACGAAGUGGAAGAAGAAGGAAGCAAAGAAUCAUUUUCAGAUGGUUCUGAAGAGGAACAUGAGAUUUCCAAAGAGAAAGAGACUACAGUAGAAACACCAGACGUUAUAAAGGUGUUCACAUGCAAUCACUGCAAUUUUUCAUGUGAAUCUCAGAAAAGUCUCCUGAAUCACAUAAAGUGUCACACAAAGAAGGGAACACUGUCGUGCAAAACGUGCGCAAUGCGCUUUAAAACUAUUAAAGCAUUGAAGAUUCACUCGUGGAGGCAUACAGCGGUUAAAUGCCAUAUUUGUAAUUAUCAAGUUUCAGAUGAAGUUCGUUUGGCGCAGCAUAUUGAGAAGAUGCACACAGUGGAGGUGAAAGUGGAAAAGGACGAUGAUGAUAUUCCCGUUAGGCGUCAGAUGCCCGAAAGAAGUGCAAGUUUGAGGGAGGCUUCACGAAAACAGAAUGCAGCCGUUGCAUCAACUUCAACGUCCAAUGAAGCAGUUUAUGACUGUUCGUACUGUAAUGAGAAAUUCAGUGUGGAAGAAAGCUUUGAGAAACACAUGAGGAGGAAGCAUAACAUUGAACCGGAAAUCUCAGGCAUUUUCUAUCCUUCUACAAGUUACGGAGAAAGUAGCAGUGAGACUCCAAAGACAAUGGAAUCUUCACCGGAAAUUCCGCAGAAAGCACUCACACCAACAAUGUUCCAAUGCGAUAUUUGUUCGGAUAAAUUCAAUGACAAGGAAACUCGCACAAGACAUAUCAAAGAAAUUCAUUUUGGGAUAAAACUCUCAUAAGAGGAAGGGCAAUUCAACAAAAAAGGAAGAAAGCAAUGGAAAGAAUAAUUCAAUACCUAAGGAGUUUUUUUUAUAGCAGACUUUUUUUGUUUUCAUUAAGUUUAAUUUUUCUUUUAAAACAAAGACAACCUAAUUAUUAUUACUUUGGAUUACUUAAUAUCAAAAAUAUAUAUUAAUAAAGUUUGAAAUAAAA